UCCAUAUCCAACACAGACAGGCCGACGAAUUGUAUGAGUUUGCAUCAGGACACUACGAUGCAGGGAGUCUCCGAGGAGCUCGAACGCUUGCGAAUAAGCUGCGAUGCUGUGUCUGCGGAGAAUCCGGAUUGGACACUCUCGAUGACUGAAGAACCGCGCCCACUCAAACGAUUGCGUAAAACCAAAGACGACAUAAAAAAGGAAUUGGAACAUGAGUUCUUGACGCCUUCCAGAUCGUUUAGCACCACAUGGUUGAACAAGUUACAACAGCGGUGGGAUGCCCCGACAGAUUAUCGCAGCCUUUUUCAAAUCGCACCCACACAAACACGCACUAUUAUACGGUUCACGCGUGAGGGAUUGGAAGGUCGUGUCACUGGAUAUGAAGAAGUCACGGUUCCGGCACACUCUGCAACCGCCAAAAACUCCACGUCUUUGCUCAGGAAACCUGCAAACAGGGCGGAAUUUGUCCGAGGUGCAGCUGGUUUCUUUCCCUUUGCGCCUGGUGGCCUAGAUGGCGUGGAAGCGAUUGCCGCCAUUGAAGACGAAGCGUUGUCUCAACAGGAUGCUGCCAAACCAAACAAAGCUGGAGGUCUUAACCGUGUCAUCAACUUUACCGCCGAAGGUGGUCUUUUGGAAAUUCCGCCUGGGUUCACACGAGGGCUUGACUUUGACAAGAAGCCAGCAACUGACGCCAAGGCUGCCAAAGAGGUAGAAGAUACCUUAGGAGAGGAGCCCAUGACAGGGGAAGACGAAGAGGACGAUGACAAUGAGGAAGACGAUAACAUCCCGAGCCGGAGUGCUAAUCGACGUGGAGGGUCGGCUCCAGAAGAGGAGGAUCCAGCAGCAGGAGAUGAGGAGAUAGAUUCUCUUCUUCCUGUGGAAUUUCCGGCACUAGCACCUCAUGGUGCUCUUAACAUGGCAGCCAACAAGAAGCGUGGCAAAGAAUGGGCCCAUAUGGUUGAUGUCAAUCGUGAAAUCACGAAUUUCCGCGAUCUCGUCCCAGAACCAGCAAGGGAGUACCCUUUUGAGUUGGACACUUUCCAGAAAGAGGCAGUCUAUCAUCUUGAGAACGGGGACUCUGUUUUUGUCGCUGCCCACACGUCUGCCGGCAAAACUGUGGUUGCAGAGUACGCCAUUGCAUUGGCUGCGAAGCAUAUGACAAAAGCUAUCUACACAUCCCCUAUCAAAGCACUCAGUAACCAGAAGUUUCGUGAUUUCCAACUCACAUUUGACGAUGUAGGAAUUCUUACUGGAGACGUACAGAUUCGGCCUGAAGCCAGCUGUUUGAUCAUGACAACUGAGAUUCUGCGAAGCAUGCUGUACCGCGGCGCAGACCUUAUACGCGAUGUCGAAUUCGUCAUAUUUGAUGAGGUUCAUUAUGUCAACGAUGCAGAGCGGGGUGUCGUCUGGGAGGAGGUCAUCAUUAUGCUUCCUGAACAUGUCACCUUGAUUCUUUUGUCAGCUACUGUGCCAAACACAUACGAGUUUGCUUCAUGGGUUGGUAGAACGAAAAAGAAAAACAUUUAUGUUAUCUCUACACCCAAACGCCCUAUCCCUCUCGAGCACUAUUUGUGGGCUAGCAAGGACAUGUACAAGAUCGUCACCGCAGAGAAGAAGUUUCUGGAAGGUGGUUGGAAAGAGGCGAAUGAUAUUCUUUCGGGCAAGGAUAAAAUAAAAGCGCCACCAGGAGCUGACAGCCAGACUGGGAGAGGUGGGGGUCGUGGUGGAGGUGGCCGUGGGGCUCCGAAUCAGCGAGGGAGAGGGGGUCAACAACAAGGCCAACGUGGUGGAGCUCAACGAGGAGGGGGUCCCCCCGCCCAAAGAGGUCGAGGCAACAUUGCUAGAACAGGCCGUGGAGGGGGAAGAACAACAGCUGCCCAAGACCGAAACAUAUGGGUACAUCUGAUCAAUCAUUUACGCAAGAAGGAUCUUCUUCCUGCAUGUAUCUUUGUGUUCUCAAAGAAACGGUGCGAGGAGAAUGCGGACGCGCUCUCAAACUUGGACUAUUGCACAGCAGUAGAGAAGAGUGCUAUACAUAUGACUAUUGAGAAGUCGCUCGCGCGUCUGAGUCCGGAGGACCGCAACCUGCCUCAGAUCACUAGGCUCAGGGAGUUACUCAGCAGAGGAAUUGCGGUACAUCAUGGUGGCAUGUUACCCAUUGUGAAAGAAGUCGUCGAGAUUCUCUUCGCUCGGACUUUGGUGAAGAUUCUUUUUGCGACUGAGACAUUCGCAAUGGGACUCAACCUACCCACUAGGACUGUUGUUUUCUCUGGGUUUCGGAAACACGAUGGUCGCCAGUUUAGGGAUCUUUUGCCCGGCGAAUAUACUCAAAUGGCAGGACGAGCGGGUCGUCGAGGUCUAGAUACAGUUGGUACCGUUAUAAUCUGCGCACCAGGAGCAGACGAAGCCCCGCCCGUUACCCGACUUCGACAAAUGAUGCUCGGGGAACCAACAAAGCUUCGAUCACAGUUCAGACUUACUUACAACAUGAUCCUCAAUCUUCUCCGUGUGGAAGCAUUGAAAAUCGAGGAGAUGAUCAAGCGUAGUUUCAGUGAGAACGCUACGCAAACCUUGCUUCCUGAGCACGAGAACAAAGUCAAGAUAUCCGAAGCAGACCUCGAGAAAGUGAAGAGAGAGCCGUGUAAGAUUUGCGAUAUUGAUCUGGAAUUAUGCCACAAGGCAUGUGUCGACUACCAGCGUUUGACGAACGAAUUACAUCUCGCUUUACUUGCAAAUCCGGUCGGCAGGCGCAUACUAGGGCCAAACCGGCUGAUUGUUUAUAAGAAGAACAAUGUCAGAACGGUCGGGAUGCUCCUGAGGGAAGGGACAAGCAGAGGCACCGAGCCCAUAGUUCAAGUAAUGGAGAUUGCUGCGAACAAACAGCGCAAGCAGGAUGAUUUGCUCCCUUAUCUUUCUCCAUUUGCUCAAUUCUUCCGUGCUCUUCCCAUAGAGCCUAAGGAAUUCAUUCUUAAGAGCGCGCUCAUCCCUCUCAACGACAUUGAGUGUUUAACAAGAACAGUGAUCGAUAUUCCCGAAUCGGUGGAAAACUUGAGGAGAAAGAAAGAUGCGUUGAAACUAGCUCAGGAUCAAUUUGUUCCACUUUGCCAGUCUUGGAACUAUCAAGAUUGGGACGAAUUUGACUACGAAAAAAUCAAGAACCUGAAAUUCAAAGAGAUCGAAAUGGCUCGGAGAAACGCAGGACAAGACGCUGCCCAUAGAGAGUGUCUCAAAUGUCCAGACUUCCUUAAGCACUUCGCUAUGGAACACGAUGAAUGGCUUAUCAAGGAGAACAUUCUUCAACUUCGCCAGCUCAUGUCAGAUCAAAACCUCCAGCUACUUCCUGACUAUGAACAGAGAAUAUCCGUCCUCAAGGAUCUCGGAUUUGUCGAUGAGGAUACCCGCGUAGAAUUGAAAGGGAAAGUCGCAUGCGAGAUUCAUUCUGCGGACGAGCUUGUUCUCACCGAGUUGAUCCUUGAAAAUGUGCUCGCGUCCUACGAGCCCGAAGAGAUUGUCGCAUUGCUCUCUUGUUUCGUUUUCCAGGAAAAGACUGAUACAGAGCCUACCUUAACUGCCGCACUAGAACGGGGCAUGGCCAAAAUUGUCGAGAUAUCUGAGAAGGUUAAUCACUUGCAGACAGUACACCAGGUUAUCCUCGCGGCCGAGGAUUCAAACGACUUUGUUAGCAAGCCCCGGUUUGGCAUGGUUGAGGUCGUAUACGAGUGGGCGAGAGGCAUGAGUUUCAAUCGCAUUACCGACUUGACUGAUGUUAUGGAGGGGACUAUCGUGCGAGUCAUUACGCGGCUCGACGAGACGUGCAGGGAAGUGAAGAAUGCGGCACGGAUCAUUGGCGAUCCGGUGUUGUUCCAGAAGAUGGGAACUUGCCAGGAGCUUAUCAAACGCGACAUAUGCAACUGUGCAAGCUUGUACCUGUAAUGUACUAUCGGCAAUCUCCG